CUACAGAGUCUGCCUUUUAAGUGGCAUGACAGCUCCGGUGGCGGCGGACAGCGGCGAUAUGGAGCGAGUGUGGCUGAGGGCCCCGGACGCGCUGUCCCUGGAGGAUGUGUACAGUAUGGCCAAGAGCCUGGGCUCCGAGCUGCAGAAGCUGACCGAGCACUACGGCCCGGAGUCGGUGGCCGGGGUGGUCCCGCAGGUGGUGCGCGUAUUGGAACUGCUGGAGGGCUUCGCGGCCACCGGGAGAGAACGGGGCCCGCCGGAACAUGAACUGCUCAUCCGGGCGGUACAGAACAUGCAUAUGGGCAGAGAAGAGCGACCCGCCCCGGAUCUAGAGCAAAAGUUGCUUGAAGCUCAAAGAAAAGAACACGACCUUCAGAACCAGUUGUCACAACUUACAGAAGAGAACCAGAAACUCUUGGUACAGCUGACCGAGACAAAAUCCCAGGGAGAAUGUGCAGCAAGGGAAGAGCGAGAUCUGAUGCUGAAGUUGAAGGUAGUUGUGGACAAACAGAGGGACGAAAUCCGAUCCUUGACACAUGAGAUCCAGCAGAAGAAUAGGGACACAGAAGCGCUACAGGAGCAGUUGACCCGUUUCAUGAAUAUGAAUGAAGACUUACGACGCAAAGUGUCUGUUGUCCACGCUCAACUUAAAAGCUCCCUGCAGAGGAAAACUGACUUGGAGAACCUGCUCCAGGAAAAACAGAAGGAGAUGGAGUCCAUGUUACAGAGAACCUCUGUAUCCCAAGCGGUCCCUGAUAAAAAUAUGAAUACAUCUGAAUGUAAGUCUCUGGAAGAAGAUGGAAGCGAUAAAACUCCAUUGAACCAACUAUGUUUCACCAAGGAAGAUGUGAAGCAUAUUAUACAGGAGAGGAAUGAGCUGAAGACGAACCUGUUCCUGAUAAAUGAGGAGCUGCAGUAUUAUCAAAGGGAGCUGAUGAAUGAUGAGAGGAUCCCCACCCUUUUGUUGUGUGGGAUUAAAUCUGCCAUCAGGAAGCAGAGGAAGAAAAUAAAAGCCAAAAUGCUGGGAAUUAUGGAAUCCCCUUCUAGCAGUGAUGACGAGAACACAUGGACACAGACAACAGCUGCAGACUGUGUGGACGCCAAGCCUCCAGACUCCAAAAUCAAGAGUCUGUUUGGGAUGUGGUAUGGGAAACAGGAAGCUGAACCAGGCCCCUGGGAAAUCAUCAAUGUUAAAGAAAUUAACAUGACGGAAAAGGAAGGCAGCAGUGCUGACAGUGUCUGAACCAGAUGUCUUGUAGUAAUCUCCGGUUCCCUAGCACAUUGUAUGCCUGACCAGCCUUGUGAAGGGACACUACGAUCAUAUCUGCUGCGUGGCAUAGCCGGCUCUACACCCUGUGUAAUAUGUAUAUUACUUGUCCCAUGAAAGGGAACACAAUAUAUUUUUCUAACACUAUUUUUAUUGGAAAUUCAUUUUUACAAUAGAAUGCAAUUUUUAAAUGUGUAUGUAUACAGAGUAUUUUUUUUGUUUGUUUAUUCAGCUGUAAAUUCUGUAUAAUGUAUAUCUGGAUAUUUCUAGUGUUCACUAAUUUAAGAACCGGAAAAUAAAUAUUUCUUUGUAAUAUUUAAUAGAUGCCUCACAUGUCAAGCAGUGAAAUGAUUUCAUAUUAGACAAUUCAUAUAAAGUGCUACGUCAACUCAAACCCACACGACACCCACCCUGCAAAACCUUGUUUGUAUUCUGGCAUGCCGGACAUGUGGUCUGCCCAGAUUUUUCUAGAGGGCCUAGAGUUUUCUGCAUUUUUCUGAAUAUUUAUGAAAGCUGCAGCAACACAAUUUUGUACAUGUAGGUGGCCAGAUUUUGUAAAUUGCGACCAACAGAAAAAGUACAGAAAAAACUACAGUGAAAAAAAAUUGGCACCGGCAACUGAACGACAUAUAUAUAUGUCCAGGUGGAGAAGCCCAGCGUGGAUCACUAAUGGUGCAUCACGUAUCAAGAUACAAAUAGACAAAGGAACAUAGAAAGAAAUAGAAGCGGAGCACCCACACGAUCGCUGGUCUUGAAUUCAAGCUGUAUUAACGGAGGUUCCGAUACCGGUGACUUCUGCAGGGAGGUGAAGGUGGAUUAGGGGGGAGCUCAGACGGCGGCCACGGUCCAUAUCGCGCCAAUGGACGCUUCGCCACAAUUAUGAGCCCAGCGCUGCGCUGUCCCCAUCGGGUUACUAGUCAUAUAUUACCCGCAAGCGCUGCCUCCCUUGUCUUCCUGUUUGUUGCGGCCGCCGGCACUGACACUCUAUACUGUACGCUGUAUCCCUAUGCCCGGGCUGCAAAAGAUAAACUAAACUUUAACUCUCCUUCCCCGUCGGUCCGGAUCUGCUUCCUGGGGACUGGAACGUCUGAGAGCCGCCCGGGCAUAGGGAUACAGUAUAGAGUGUCAGCGCCGGCGGCCGCAACAAACAGGACGAGGGAGGCAGCGCUUGCAAGUGACGUGAGUAGUACCCUGAUGGGGACAGCGCAGCGCCAGGCUGAUAAUUAAUUGGGGGGGGGGCAGAACAGUGCUCACAGGUCACAUGA